AUGGAGGCGGGGGAUUUGCUCAUCGGCCUUCACUCCUCGGGUCUCCACAGCAACGGCUUCAGCCUGCUGCGGUCCGUGGUGCAAGCGGCCGGCAUUCGCUACCAGGCAGCCGCUCCCUUCGACCCCACCCGCUCCUUCGGGGAGGUGCUUCUGGCGCCCACCCGCAUCUAUGUACAGCCCCUGCAGGCCUUGUCAAGGGCGGGCCUGCUGAAGGGCGCAGCGCCAGUAACGCGGGGCGGCCUGUCCCGCAGCAUCCCCCGGGUGUUGCCCAAGACGCUGAAAGCGCAGCUCAAGGCGGAGGCUUGGGAGCUGCCUCCGGUCUUCCGAUGGAUCGCGGCCAGGUGCAAGAUCCCUUGUGACGAGUUGGCAGCCACCUUCAACUGCGGCAUUGGCAUGGUGCUGGUGGUUGCCAAGGACAAAAAGGAGGAGGUCAUGUCCCUUCUGAAGAAGAUGGACGAGGAGGCCUGCGUCAUCGGAGAGCUGGGGAAGCGCUCGGACGGGCAGCCCCAGACGCACAUCGACGGGGCGGAGAGCUGCUGGCUGAUGCUCCCGGAGCUCGGAGUUUCGCUGCCCUUCCCACAGGUCUUGUCCUCCCUGCAGGAUCCGCACAUGGUCUCGCGGCAGCACUGUGUGGUGCUGGGAGGCACCGCCUUGGCCACGCCCCUCAAGGCGUUGCUGGAGGCCACGGAGAUUUGGGCCUUCCCCGCGGAGGUCAGCGCUGUCAUCAGCCUGAGCUCCCAGAGCCCAAUGGUGAAACUGGCCAAGACGGCGGGCCUUGCCACCUUCGUGGUGGAGCAGGAGCUGCAGGUUGGGGGCAACGCCUUCGCCCCACCGCCGCGACAGUCAGCCACGGACGUGGAGCAGCUGCUGGAAAAAUGCCUCGAGCAGCACCGGGCGGAUCUGCUGGUGGUCAUGGACGACUUCAGCUUGGAGCUGCUGCCUGCCAGCUUGCGGCAGCGCUGGGCGGGCAAGCUGAUCGAUGUGCGCGCCUCCUUGUUGCCGCGCAACGGCGCUGAUCCCUUGCAGUCGGUGCUGGAUGCGGGCAUGUGCGUGACGGGGUGCACCGUUUAUAUGCAGACGGAGGAGGGCGAGGAGAUCAUGCUGCAGGAGACGGCGAGGGUCAUGGACACCGACACGGUGGACAGUUUGCACGAGCGCAUCGUGGAGGACGCCGAGUCCAAGGCCCUGCCGGAGGCGGUGCGGCUGGUGGCCUCCGGCAAGUGGAAGAGUCGGAGGUUGGCACCAGCAGCAACGGCGGCGGCAGCAGCAGCAACGCUUGCCUCGUCCGUCCCGUCAUCUGCCAAGAUGGACGGAGAUGCCAAGCGAUACGAGCAGCGCGGAGUGUCGGCAGACAAGGGUGACGUGCACGCAGCCAUCAAGAAUAUGGACAAAGGCUUGUUCCCCCAGGCAUUUUGCAAGGUUGUCCCAGAUUUCAUCUCUCGCGACCCAACGCAAGCCAUCGUCAUGCAUGCAGACGGUGCUGGGACCAAAUCCUCCUUGGCCUACAUGUACUGGAAGAAGACUGGGGACAUCUCAGUUUGGCGCGGCAUUGCGCAGGAUGCGCUUGUGAUGAACCUGGAUGAUCUGCUUUGCGUGGGCAUCACUGACAACAUUUUACUGUCCAGCACCAUUGGCCGCAACAAGAACCUCAUCCCGCGCGAGGUCAUCGGCGCUGUGAUCGCUGGCACGGCCUCGCUAGUGGACGAGCUGAACCGCCACGGGGUGGGGAUCAUCCUGACGGGCGGGGAGACGGCGGACGUGGGGGACUUGGUGCGGACCAUCAUCGUGGACUCCACGGUCGCAGCGCAGAUCCCACGGAGAGAGGUCAUCGACAACGGCAACAUCCGCGCCGGGGAUGUGAUCGUGGCUUUGUCCUCCUCCGGGCGGGCGACCUACGAGGACUCCUACAACAGCGGCAUCGGCAGCAAUGGGCUCACCGCGGCGCGACACGACACCUUCAAGAAUUCCUUGGCGAAGGAAUUCCCCGAGUCCUUUGACCCCAUGAUGGCGAAGGAGCUGGUGUAUAGCGGCCAAGUGGGCCUGGAGGAUCCCAUCGACAUCCCAGGCUACGGGACCAUCCCGGCGGGGAAGCUGCUGCUUUCCCCCACCAGGACCUAUGGCCCCGUCGUCCAGAAGAUCUUUGCGGCCGGCCUGCGGUCACAGAUCCACGGCAUGGUGCACUGCUCAGGUGGCGCGCAGACAAAGGUGCUGCAUUUUGUGGACGGAGUUCACAUCAUCAAGGACAAUCUGAUGGAGACUGCCCCUGUCUUCAGACUGAUCCAGAAGAAUUCGGGCACGCCGUGGGAGGAGAUGUACAAGGUCUUCAACAUGGGCCACAGGUUAGAAGUGUACACCAACCCGGAGGCAGCUGCAAAGAUCAGCGACAUCUCCAAGUCUUUCGGCAUUGAGUCCCAGAUCAUCGGCAGAGUAGAGGCGAUGGAGCCAGGUCACAAGAAGGUGACCAUCAAGUCAGAGCACGGGGUCUUCCAGUACGGCUCCUGAGUUUGUGCAUAUUCGGGGGUUUGGUUUAUUUCAAAUGACGGCUGUUUGAAUAGCUGCUGCUCUUGUUUCGAUGCUGUCAGCGGUGGGUGCCCAGUGCACA